AUGCCUAUAGAAGUUUUGAUUUGUGCAGAUUUUUAUUGGACGGUGGUGAAUUCUGAGAUUCCUUUCAGACUUUCGGAAACAAUUAUGCUCAUUCCAUCAAUCUUUGGCUGGAUUUUGUCUGUAUCCAGAUCUCAUACAUCUGUCGCUUCUUUAUCGUCAGUUCAUAAUAUUAGCAUGAAAUUACCAUAUACUUUGGAUGAUCAAGUUAGGAAAUUCUGGGACUUAGAUACUUUAGGUAUUAAAGCCAUGCAAGACAAAGAAAUGUCCAUUCGCAAUUCUGAAAUAUUGGAAGACUUUCGCAGUUCUUAUGAAGUCCUAGAAAAUCGUCGUGUUGUUAGAUUACCUUGGAAGAAAGACGUUACUCUUUCUUCAAAUAACUAUCACGUAGCAUCAAAACGCUUCAAUUCAUUGUGCAAGAAGCUCCAAACAGAUCCUAGCUUAAAGGAAAUGUAUGUUACACUCAUGGAAGAUUACAUAGACAAAAGACAAGUUGAAAUAGCACCGGAAAAUCAUGAUAAAGUAGAAAAAAGCUAUUACAUACCCCAUCAUCUAGUCAUUAAAGAGAAGAACGCAGAAAUUAAGGGACGAGUAGUGCUCGACGCCUCUUCUCACACACCAGGCCAUCCAUCAUUAAACGAUGUUCUAGAACAAGGUCCCAACUUACUUCCAGAAAUUUUAGCCACCUUAUUGCGAUUUCGUCUUCACAAACAAGCAAUUAUUAGUGAUGGAAGUCAGGCCUUUUUACAAUUAACCUUGUGGGAAAAAGACAGAUGUGCUACUAAGUUUUUGUGGUUCAAAACUAGGAAAAAUGGUGAUGGACAUUUGCAGCUAGAGAAUGAAAUUGUGGUCUACCAAUUUACACGUUUACCCUUUGGAUUAACCAGCAGCCCAUUCCUUCUUUCAGCUACACUUGACGAAUUUAUCCUGCAUGUACUCCAACAUUUAUCCCACAGCAGCUAA